GAAGCUAAAGCUGUGUAUAUUUGUGGAUCAGACAAGUGCAGCAAGUUAAUAUCGUUGGCUUCUGAAGGGGAGAGUGAGGUGAUGGCUGCGUUUAAGUUGGAUUUCCUUCCAGAGAUGAUGGUGGAUCAUUGCUCUUUGAAUUCCAGUCCUGUCUCAAAGAAAAUGAACGGCACCCUGGACCACCCAGAUCAACCAGAUCUUGAUGCUAUCAAGAUGUUUGUGGGCCAGGUUCCAAGGACCUGGUCUGAGAAGGACUUGAGGGAACUGUUUGAACAGUAUGGUGCUGUCUAUGAAAUCAAUGUCCUAAGGGAUAGGAGCCAAAACCCUCCACAGAGCAAAGGGUGCUGUUUUGUUACAUUUUACACCCGAAAAGCUGCAUUAGAAGCUCAGAAUGCUCUUCACAACAUGAAGGUCCUCCCAGGGAUGCAUCAUCCCAUACAGAUGAAGCCUGCUGACAGCGAGAAGAACAACGCAGUGGAAGACAGGAAGCUGUUUAUCGGUAUGAUAUCCAAGAAGUGCACUGAAAAUGACAUCCGAGUCAUGUUCUCUUCGUUUGGACAGAUUGAAGAAUGCCGGAUACUGAGGGGACCUGAUGGGUUGAGCCGAGGUUGUGCGUUUGUGACUUUCACAACAAGAGCCAUGGCACAGACAGCUAUCAAGGCGAUGCACCAAGCGCAGACCAUGGAGGGUUGCUCCUCCCCCAUGGUGGUAAAAUUUGCUGAUACACAGAAGGACAAAGAACAGAAGAGAAUGGCCCAGCAGCUCCAGCAGCAGAUGCAGCAAAUCAGCGCAGCCUCUGUGUGGGGAAACCUGGCUGGUCUAAACACUCUUGGACCCCAGUAUUUAGCACUUUAUUUGCAGCUCCUUCAGCAGACUGCCUCCUCUGGGAACCUCAACACCCUGAGCAGCCUCCACCCGAUGGGAGGGUUAAAUGCAAUGCAGUUACAGAACCUGGCUGCACUGGCUGCUGCAGCUAGUGCAGCUCAGAACACACCCAGUGGUACCAGUGCUCUCACCACGUCCAGCAGUCCCCUCAGCGUACUCACCAGUUCAGCAGGGUCCUCACCGAGCUCCAGCAGCAGCAGCUCCGUCAACCCCAUCGCCUCCCUUGGAGCCCUGCAGACAUUAGCUGGAGCAACAGCAGGCCUCAACGUCAGCUCUUUGGCAGGGAUGGCUGCUUUAAACGGUGGCCUGGGCAGCAGCGGCCUUUCCAAUGGCACCGGGAGCACCAUGGAGGCCCUCACGCAGGCCUACUCGGGGAUCCAGCAGUACGCUGCCGCAGCACUCCCCACCCUGUACAACCAGAGCCUGCUGACACAGCAGAGUGUCGGCGCUGCUGGGAGCCAGAAGGAAGGUCCGGAAGGAGCCAACCUGUUCAUCUACCACCUGCCCCAGGAGUUCGGAGACCAGGACCUGCUGCAGAUGUUUAUGCCCUUCGGAAACGUCGUGUCUGCCAAAGUUUUUAUAGACAAGCAGACAAACCUGAGCAAGUGUUUCGGUUUUGUAAGUUACGACAAUCCUGUCUCGGCUCAGGCUGCCAUCCAGUCCAUGAACGGCUUUCAGAUCGGCAUGAAGCGGCUUAAAGUGCAGCUCAAACGUUCAAAGAACGACAGCAAGCCCUACUGAGCGUGCUCCCCUCUGAGACUGGAGUGAGAGGGUCUUCUGGCACAGCUUGCCCUGAAGACUCAGCUACUGCCUUCUGUGGGAAUUUCGCUUCGUACAGAGGACAAGUUUGUGCUUUGGUUUCCAGUGUUUUACUUUGGAGUUUAGGUGCCAUAUCCUGAGUUUUUUUUUUUUUUUUCCUUUAUUUAAAAGUUUGCUGUGUUUGUAACCAGUGUGUGUUGAGAAGGACCAACAUCAAACUGCCCUGGGGGAGGAGGGGAAAUGGAAAAACAUUAAGAAAGAGGAUCAGAAUUUGCCCCAAACUAUCCCAAGAAAGAGGACGAAGUUAGACGAAAGUGGACCCCCAGAAUCUUCUGAGCACGAGAGUGGGUGACGUGAGAGCUGAUACCCAGCAGCUUUUGGGGGCAUAGCAGGUGGGGUUGGCUUUGGAGAAGGAGAGUGACUUGAAACCCGGCAGCCCUGGGAGCUGGAGGCUGAAACUCCUCUGUAACCGCCUUCACUGGAAAGUCUGCAUUCUUGCCAGCGAUUUUUUAGAUUCUCAUCUAGGAUUUCUGCCCGCUUACCUAAGAAGGGGUAACAAGUCUCUGGAAAUAAUGCACCUAUUAAAUUAGCCUAACAUGCAAAAAGCAGGGAUUUGUCAUCCAUUACCCAGCCAGCCAUUGGUGUUGGAUCAGCCCUUCCUUCCUGGCUGGUGGCUCUUAGGAAGAAACAGCCAGUCAAAGGGGUUGUGUAUAGUUUAUUUCAACACCAGACCGCUAGACCACGGCCCAUGUCUACCAGGCCCCUUUAAAGAAGGCCUCUCGGGAAGACACUGUCGGGUUUCCUGUUUUGGAAUUGACCACAGCAAGGAAUGUCACUUCCACCCCCAGCCACAGUUUUCUCGUGAGGGUAGAUCCAGGAAGGGCUAUGGGAUCUGGCAGAAGGGAGCUUCUCUCCUGAGCAGAGCGAUUAAAAGCUGUCGCUGGGGGAGGAGGAGCCUGCUUCUCAGCGUACCUGAGUCCUGGGGUUCCUUUGAGCCGGUGCUGCAUUUCCCGGUGGCCAGCACCCAGUUCUUAAAAGGAUUAAGCUGUCUGCGGUUGCCUCCUUGGUUGAGAUGGCCCAGGCGUGGCGUCUGAGUGGAGACAGGCCCCUCUUCUGCCCCUCCAGCCCUGUGCUCUGCUCUUGGUGACAAAGGCGACGGCAGGACGUUUACAGCCUCCGUGUGCGCUCAGUGUUCAUUUACCUCAGUAGCACCCUGUUCAUUUUCGUCCUCGUGCUUACAGUCAGCUCCCUGCUGCCUCCCACAGGUCUCACUCCUGCCUGUGACCCACACAGCCUCCGGGCUCAGCCUCUGCUCCAAGAAGCGCUGGUAGUGGGGAGGCCCGGGAAGGACCUGCUGUCGGCAAUGUGUCCCUGGGCAGAAGUGGCCCUGUUAGGAUAUGACCCGCAGCCAAGGCCAGGGACCGUCCCUGGGGUCCUCAGCCUCACAGACGCCAGCCGUGCCCCCUAGCGGCAGAGGCGAGAUCACAGGGGUUGCUUUGCUGUCAGUCAGGGGCGGUCUGCUUGCCAUUCUGUCCUCGGGCCUCAGGUGAGCGUUGACCGGCUUGCUGUUGUGCGGGUAGUUGGUGGUGGUGGAUUAUCCCAUUGAAGCUGGGACAGUUGUUCCCUUCUCAUAGUGAUAACUUGGGUCUGUUGUCCUCUAAGAAACAUGAAACAUACUUCUUAAGCUGAACCACGUAAACUUGAAUUCUGCGCACUGGGAGAAAUGUGUCCUGUGUUUCAAGGAUAAAACUGUUCCAAAGGCUUCCAGGGUCAUGAUGGGAUUUUUUUUAAUAAAUGCAAAAAAUAAAAAUAAAAAAGAAAAAAGAAAACAAAAAAAGAAAAAAAUGCUAGGUUGGGGAGGCGCUGUUCUGAAUCCCAACCGGCUGGAACCAAGAAUGUCGUUUCUAUUUUUAUAGAAGUUUUAUACAGCUCCGGGGUGGAGAAUAUUUAUUACCUAAAUUAUAUCUCUGGAAAAGGCCAGGAUUUUAUAGAAUCCAGAAUGUGAUUGUUGUACACACAGGGUGCUGUGUAUGAUUGAAACUACUGACUUUCUGUGGCCGUCUGCAGCCCAGCUAAUCUGCCCGAGGGGGAGGCGUUAACGCUGUGAAUUGGCGGAGGAGAGAGCUGUGCUCCCCAGGUUGCUGCCGGUCUCACCUUCUGUUCUGUCUUCCUCCUUGGCCCGCGUGGGGUUUUCCAAAGCCCGGAACUCCACUCUGUGCCCACCUUUGUCCCUGUCCCUCCCUCCUCCCCCAUUUCACUGUUACUUGCAUACCUAUUUGUCCUGGGCUCCGGAACCCCUUUGCUAUUGGCAUGAAAGUUAAAGGUGUAAUCCGCCUGCCUCUGAUACCAGACCCCGAGGUUUCCUGCCUGCUGUGGGUUCCCUCGGCUGCCCCGGCCCCGCGAAUUCCCAUAGCAGCGCCGCCCUCGAGCACAGUUCUCUCCCCGGGCCAAAGGUGGUGUUGUGGAGAAGCUGCUCCCCCUACAAGUCUCACGGUGUGAAAAGGGUUCAGCUCGCAGAGGGGAGACUCGCAGUCAAGUCUUAAGCAGUGCUUUUCUGUUGUGGGGGUCUCACUUAUAUAAUUGUGUUUUCUGCUGUAGCUUUGUUUCUUCCUUGGGUUUCAUCAUGAAAUUGAUUUGCCUUGAAUGCAGCCAGACACUGUCUCCUGGGUCCCGCAGGAGUGGCCAGGGCCCUCGUGGAAGCUAAGAGCUUGGAUUUCUGGCAAGAGGGCCAUCCCUAUAGGAAGGGGGAGAAAUUCUGGCCCUCUCCCCCAAAGAAUUCACACCCCCCGCCCCCCCACAAGCCAGCAGCUCCAGCUGUCUCCCUGAGUCUCGACCAGGAGUGAGACUCGGGAGGCUGAGGCUCUGCUCCGCCCGAGAGCUGCUUUUCGGAUGCGCUUGGGCGCUUCUGGGGAAAUCCAAGCCUUAGGUUCCCCGUGUUUCUGGCAGUUGGAUGUUUUCUUGGUGUCCUCCAUGUCCUUUUUGACUUUCCCGUGUCCAUUGUUAGCAUGUGCAAGAGUUCCGUCAUUGCCCAGCCUCCCCUGCCCGCCUCCUCAUUUCAGGGCUGUACACAGUGAGUGUUCCUGUUCUCUCUCUCUUUGUUUGGAUGUAUUGCUCUGUGUAACUCAGUGGGUCUCCCUCUUUCUGGUUUGUUUUUUUUCUAGAUUCCUGCCGUUUGUUCAUCGUUGUGCCUAAAGCAUGUCGAUGUGGCGUCAAGUACAUCGUCCAAAUCCCUGUCUCUUCAGCUUCUCUGAUGCUUGAACUCUCACCUUUGACCUUGUGUUGACCUUUGAUGCUGAUGUGUAUUUUUAUUAUGUUUGUUUCUUUCUUUGUUUUUUCUUUUUUCUUUCCUUUUUUUUUUCUUUUGUGCUGCCAAAUUGGUUUUGCUAGAACGACUGCUGAAGGGGAAAUAUUUAAACUUGCAUUUGAAUAUAAAAAAAUCUAUUUUUCUAGAACUUCAUAAGAUAACCACUUGAUUUUGUGAUUCCAAUUCUUUGUAAUUGUCUUCAGAGCAGCCCUACUAGCACAUACCGCGUGGUGUUUGUAUUUCUGUGAACACACAGCCAGUCCGCUUCUAGGCUUUGUUUCUCGGUGUGUUUAGUUUUAAAGACAACUUUGGAGUAAACAAUGAAAUAAAAGAUGUCACUCAAACCUUUGAGGCUCCUGAGCACAUUUUGCUGAUACAGUUUGUAGGGCUUGAGGAGACUGCAUGUGUUCCUAUUUUUGUUUUUUUUCUGAGUUCGCAGCUGCAGAAAGCCCCUGAACCCUUUUUCCUUUCUGACCACCGGCUGCAGCUGGGCCCAGGCAGCCCCCGCCGCCUGUGGCCCUGCCGGGGAGCGCCCUUGUGGGGAGCCUGCGGGCCCCCCAGCCCCGCCGCGCCCGCCCCACACCUGUUCCUGCCGUCUCCACAGCAAAAUGUGAUGCUUCGGGUUUUUUUCUGUUUUUGUAUUGUUUUUGUGUUUUUGUUUUGGAUUUUUCCCUUCCUACUAAGAUUGUGCCCAGAAACCCGAGCUCUGCGUGUUUCCUGCUGUUUCUUCACACCUCCGUGUUUAUCACCUCCACCUCUCUGUUUUCUAUAGUUUGUGCAAAAACUGACCGAUUUAAAAGGGUUUCAAAGAAGCUGUUUUAAAUUGUUGUGGGGUUGAUUUUCCCCGGGUUGUGCUGUUGUGUUCUGAAGCGGCAGCUUCCUCCUCUCUCGCCCUUAGAGCGCGCGCCUGUGCAUUUAGACUGUCUCCCCACCAGGCCUGCAGGCCUCGGGGGGGCCUCCGGGGCCGGCUGCUCUGCUCAGAGAUGGGUGGGAAGGGGGUCCAGAGAGGCACAGGAGCAGAGAGAGCACCCCGGGGCGGCUGUGGGCAGCAGGAGGCUGAGCGCGCUAGGGGCCCCGGGCUUCCCUCGCCCCCGGAGGCGGAGAGUGCCCUGAGCCUCUCAGAGGGGGCCGUGCCUGCACCAGGCGCCAGUGCCCCUGCCAGCGUGCUGUGCAGCCCCCGGCCCCCGCCACCCCACUCUGGCUCUUCACUGCAGCUCUGCUCUUGCUUAGCUGUUGGGGUGGGGGUCGGGGCGGGUUUUUUGUGUUUAUUUUUUUUUAACUGGGUGAAGAGCCAGAUAGCUACUGUCCCCGGGUGCCAGGCAAGCCCCGGUCCUUGGUUCCCUGAGGGGAGCCUGCCCUCCUCUCUUGGGGCACCAUCCAGCCUCAGGGUCUGCAGGGACUUGAGUGAGAGUGUGCAUGGUAAAGGGUGAGGCCAGAGGAGACGUGAGGUCGCAGGGUGGGUCUGUGGAGGUCAGAGGUUGCAGGGCGGCGUUUGGGAUAGCUUCCACCCAGGCCUGAGCGGCUGGUGGGCUGGUGGGCUGGUGGGUGAGUGAGCGAGCUGGGAAGCAGGGCUGUCCAGGGAGGGGCGGGGAAGGUAGAACGCUGUCCGGGUCCUCCUCGCUGCAGGUGAGGGUCUCGGCAGCGUCUCUGCCCCGGGACCGGGCAGGCAGCCUAGUGUUAGCUCGGGGGCCCCUUACCCAGAGGAGAGGGUGGCCAGGUGGAGGCCCAGUGGAUGGUAGGCUGCUUCAUUUCUUCAGAGGGGUGAGUGGAUGGAAGGAGGCCAGGAACCCCAGCCUGAGCGAGACCGCCGCGCACCCCACAGUCUGACUGCACAGAGCGGCCUCUGUGGGCAGAAGGCGCCGAGGCUCCCCUUCCUGUGUAUUCAGAACCCAUGUUUGCCAAUAUAUUUUGCUUUCAAUUCCAAGAGGAGCUCUGGGAAAACCUGUGGAUAAAACCAAAUGCCAAAUGUUGGACGUUGUUUCCUUUUCCUUUUUCUCUCUCUGAUUGUUUUAAUUGUUUUGUGGUGGUUUUAAUGGAUUUGAGACCCUGGAGCGGCAGCUGCCUUUCUGAUUUCCAGCUGCUUUUUGUGAAUAAUUUAAAAAGAAAAAAAAAAAGAAACUUUACAUUUUGGAGACAAACCUGUGUGAGUUUUUUAUUGGUACAAACGUUGUAUUUAACACUAGGGGUUUUGUACAGUUUUUUGCCUUUUCUACUAGAAAACAAUGUAAAGUGAUUUCACAAUGUGAAGAGAAAAAAUUGCCACUAUGACCAAACGCACAGUCUGUUCUGCAGCAACAACGGGAUUCAAUCAACUCAAAGUCGUGAUUCAGCCGUAGAAAUGCUUUUUCUUUACCUUGUUUGAGCUUUUCCUUUCUUUCCUGUUUUGAUUUGCAAAAGAAAAUGUCUUUUUUGUGUGAACUUGUGUUGUACUAUGUAGAAAAUUAUGGAUUUUACUUUAAUGGUUUAAAAAAAAAAAAAAAAAGGCAAGAAGAGCCCCUGUAGCUUUUCUGACCUGAUCACAGAGUUUGUGUAGUGGAUUAAAAAAGAAAAAAAAAAUUGUUACAAGUUUGGAGCAAGGGAGUAUGUGUUUAAAAGGAAAUCUUCCUUUUUUGUGUGUUUUUCCUUUUGUCCCAAUGGGGAACCUAAAAUCUGUUUUAAUUGCACAGACACACGGACAAAAAGUCAUUUUGUAUCUGCCAAGUGUGGUACCUUCCUUUGUUUAUUUGCUAUUAAACUGUUUGAGAAGA